AUGGGGCAAGGAAGGAGGGAUGUGGGGUGGUGGUGGUGUUGCGUGUCUCGAGGACGUGGUUGUGUAACCAUGCCAGAUGACGAUGGCGGCACAAUUACGGUCUCUUUUUUGAGAGGUAAUAGGCUAUACCGAGGCAUUUCACAUCCUUUAGAGGUGGUCUCUAAAGUCUUUCUCAGCGCUACUGAAGAGGAAGGAGCGAAUUGGUGA